AUGGGUCGAUUCCAGACUGAGUUGGAGUUAGCCAUAGGCCGCAAGUUCAGAUCAUUUCAAGAACUAUACCUCCAUUCAAUCCGGAAUCGGCCUGAGUUCUGGGAAUUUUGCUGGAAGUAUUUCCAAAUCAUCCAUGAAGGAACAUACGCCGCUGUGGUGGACGAGUCUGCGAGGAUGGACAGUGUGCCUUCGUGGUUUACUGGCGUGAAGGUGAAUUUUGCAGAAAAUAUACUCUUCUCCCGUCGUCUGGGUGAUACCACUGCCAAAGAAGACUCCAAAGUCGCCAUCACAGAGAUUCGCGAGAAUGGGCCGAAGGAGGUGGUGCAUUUUACCUGGGGACAGCUGAGAUCGAGAACAGGCCUUCUGAUCCAGGCAAUGAAAGCAAAUGGUGUUGUGCGUGGCGAUCGGAUAGCCGUAUGUGCUUCUAACAGCAUUGAUACUCUUCUCGUAUUCCUCGCAUCAACAGCCUUGGGUGCGAUAUUCUCGUCCAGCUCGACCGAUAUGGGGGUCAAGGGGGUGUUGGAUCGUUUGCUGCAAAUCAAGCCUCGUUGGUUGUUCAUGGACGAUUUUGCUGUUUAUAAUGGGAAGAAGAUUGACUUGCGUCCCAAGAUGAAGGAGAUAGUCGACGGGAUGAAAUCCAUUAGCGAGUUCCAAGGUGUCAUCUCACAGCCACGCACACCAUCUGAACCUGCUGAUAUCCAGAGCAUCCCCCGGACCGAGACACUUCCGGAAUUUAUCUCCGAGGCAAAAGGCAAAGAUAAUUUGGAGUUCGAGCGAGUUGACUUCCGCGAUCCCUUUUUGGUAGUCUACUCCUCUGGCACAACUGGUCAACCAAAGUGCAUUGUUCACUCAGUGGGAGGUGUGCUUCUGAAUGCCCACAAGGAAGGUAGUUUGCACACAGAUCUUGGGCCCGAGAGCACGGCAUGCCAAUAUACAACUACGGGAUGGAUCAUGUAUUUGUCGGCCAUUCAAACACUACUCUUUGGAUCUCGCGUGAUUCUAUACGACGGAAGCCCUUUUGUGCCGGAUGCCAGAGUGCUAAUCGACAUUGUAGCUCAGGAGAAGGUCACGCAUCUGGGGAUCUCCCCGCGAUGGCUACAUGAAUUGCAGCGAGCGACGAUACGACCACGCGAGACGGCAGACCUCUCAUCGCUUCAAGUCGUGACUAGUACUGGUAUGGUGCUGCGAGAUGAGUUAUUCGAAUGGUUUUAUGACGAAGGGUUUCCGGCACAUGUUCGGCUGAAUAACAUCUCGGGUGGCACUGAUAUUGCAGGGUGCUUUGGGAUUGGCAAUCCUCUGAGUGCGCUUUAUGUAGGUGGGUGCGCUGGGUGCAGUUUAGGAGUGCCAGUUGAAGUCUUUGACUCAACUAUCGAAGGAGGAGAUGGUACCAAGGGCGCCCCUGUGGAGGAAGGUGUGCCUGGUGAGCUGGUGGCCACUUCAGCAUUCCCUAACAUGCCAACGCAGUUCUGGGGCGAUGCCAAUGGCAAGAAAUACCACGGGGCCUAUUUUGAACGAUUCGACGAUGUUUGGACGCACGGGGACUUUGUUUCAAUCCAUCCUAUCACGAAGCAGCUCGUGUUCCACGGGCGAGCUGAUGGGGUCCUCAACCCCUCCGGCGUCCGUUUCGGAUCGGCUGAGAUCUAUCGAGUGAUUGAGAGCCAAUUCUCACAUGAAAUUGCGGAUUCAAUUUGUGUGGGCCAACGACGACCGUCGGACACGGACGAGCGGGUGCUGCUCUUCUUGCUAAUGAAGGGCGGGGUGUUAUUUACGGGCGAAUUGGUCGAUCGGGUCAAGAGUGCGAUCCGAAGCGAGUUGAGUGCCCGCCAUGUGCCGAUGUACAUAUUCGAGACCCCUGAAAUACCGACCACGGUCAAUUUGAAGAAAGUGGAACUGCCUGUGAAGCAGAUUGUAUCGGGCAAGCGAAUUCAGCCCUCGGGGACCCUGCUCAACCCAGACAGCCUGGAUUAUUAUUACCGAUUCGUCGAGAUGGAGAAGCGGGCGAGCAAAUUGUGA